CCAGUAUCAAGUAACCUUGAGAUGUUCGGAUGUGCAGCCAGGUGAUGAGCAGAGAAAGACAAAGGGAAAGAAAGGGUAAAAGAAGAAAUAUCAAGGCGCAGGUUACGAUUGCACCUGAUGAAUUCAUCCCAAACCUCAACUCUUACUCCGUACAAUUUCAUCAGUCGCCUCGUAAUCGCACAGGCUCCUUUUGACUCCGCCUAUCACUGCUAGUUUCUGCUAGGCUCUCUAGUCUUUUCGGCGAAUUAAGCGGCUUCUCGACAUUGACGAGGCUUCAGCUAAAAAUAAAUAUGCCUGCAAAUGAGGCUGACCAUAAAAAUGCUACGAGUCGAUCGCCAUCACCCCACAAGAAGCAAAAGUCCUCAUCUCAAGAUGUUCUCGAAGCUACUCAAGCCGACAGGGCUCCGCAUGAGAUUUCUAUACCAAUAGUCCAACGCCCCAACGAACAAGCAAAACCUGGAGAGGCCUCAAGUCAAGAAACUGACCGCACCCGCUCAGAACUGCUGCAGAGGUACAACGAGCUGAGGGAUGUGGGGCAGCAGCUGAUCGGUAUGAUCGCCGAGCAACGCGGCGUGCCUAUCCGGACUCUCUACGAGUCUGGGGAGUUUGGGGUUGGGCCUGAAGAUUGAUCGAUUUCUGUAUACUAGCCGUCUGCCGUAUCCCUUGCACGACCAAACAGAUCACUGAUGCUAAGUUUCCUACCAAUGGCCUGCAUGGCGGGCCCCAUGGUCUCUCCAACCCCAGUUGUGCUUCCAGUCUUUUGCGCUUCUGCCUGGCCAACAGGAACUGCGGCAGCGGCUCGGACACGCGCCCACCGUUCUUGUAUUGUGGCCGCAUUUGUAUCCCUUGUAUCCUCUUGAUCGGCAUGUAUCCAAAGCCCGAGGACCUUGUCACCCAAGUUGAAUAUGAGCAGCUCAUUUUGAACUUCGAAAUGGCUGACGGCGGCAAGGUCAAUAUGUAGGUUGUCGAGCGAGCGGCGGUUGAGGAGAUAGACGCAGCUGCGCGGCAUUCCAAGCUCGGUGAGGUCCUGGUCGCACACAAACAUUGCGCCCUCGAUGCCGGCCUUGUCCCACUCGUGAGUGGUGGGGGAGAAUGCGUAAACGACGGCGUUGGCUGCUAUUGAUGCGAUCGAACGGAUGUUGGGCAGCCAGCGCUGCAGGACGGAGAGGUUGAUCUCGGUGUUUGUGCGGUUCAGCCGUGGUAGGAGGGCGGCUUCGGUGACGGCCGGGGCACGCGUCUCGAGGUAGUGUACGGCAUCGGAUUCAUAGUCGGACGUGGCGACAGUCUUGGGUAAAUGUUGUCCACUGGGUCCUCCGCCGCCGCUUGCAUCGCGUCUGUGGCGAGAUUUCCGUGGUGUUGCGCGGCUCAUUGUGUUGUUGGUUUGACGUGUUGCUGAAAGGCUCAAUUGGAUUUGGCGCGGUGACGCAAUUUCGGUUGAUGAACGAGGAUGCGACUGAGAGCCUGAGAGGCUGAGACCAAGAACAAGGGCAAAGUAAUCUGUAAAGAUCGGCAAGUUGCUUCCCAGAAAAUGAACCAAUUAACUAAAUCUCUACAUUGCUAUAUUUACACAUGCACAGGAACCCAAGAUACCUUUUCAUCCAAGUAUUGAGAAAUUUAGCGACAGUAAUUUCGCCUCUACAAAAAGCCUUCAAACAUCUCUAGGAAAAUAUUGAUCUCACCUGGUCCACUGUAGCGGCUUGG